AUGUCUGAGAAUUCUACUGCCAACCCUCCCGGUGAGGGAGCGCCCAACGGCGGUGCCUCCAACGCCAACAAGGACGAAUCAUGGAUCACGCGCCUGGUGGAUGUUUUGGUUCCUCGAUUCCAAACCGCGGGUGGCGAUUCGGCAAUGCAGACUGAUGUUGGCGGCAAGUUGAUUCAUACUCCAACUAUUCCCAUACGGGUAGUCUUCUGA